UAAUUCGGAGUAGCAAAUAUUCUGAGACUAUAUACAAAAACUCAAUUUUUUUAAUAGCAAAGAGCAUAAUUGAUUAAAAUGUCCUUUGCAUGCUUCUCCUAGAAACGGACAUUUCUUUAUUGGCUUUGUCCCUAACAUAUGCCUCUGUGUUCGUGUCUGCAACAGAUCUGUCUCCAUUUCUUUCUUUCACUGUCUCUCUCAAGAUUCUUCUCAUUUUUCUCUUUCUCUAAAACCUCUAGAAACAAAACUAAACCCUCUACACAACACGGAGGUUUCUCCUCUCUCUCUUUUUUCUCUCUGCCAAAAGCUAUCGUUAUCUCCAGAACCCAUCAGUUUCCUCUGAUCUUGCAUGUGAAAGUUUGGUGAAGAAAGAGGAGAGAUCUGUGACUGCUUUUAAAACGGUGCCGUUUCCUUCGUUUCUGUUGUUCUCUGGCUGAUGAGGUCACUGACAACGAUUGCCCCCACUUGCCUCUUUUUUUUCUCACUCCCAUCAAUUUUUCUCACUCUCUUCUCUCUCACCUUCUUUAAUGAGAAACAAGUUCUCAUAAAUUUUGAUGCUUUAGCUUCUGUAAUUUCUCCCUUGAUUUGUAUCAGAGCUCCAAAGUUUCCAUUUUUCCCCAUUGGGGUUUUCAAUUCAUCCAUUCAACAUUUUUCUUCACUAAACUGGGACUUUCUCGAAAGCGUGAGUGUUUUUUUUGAGAUUUGAGACUUUAAAGCUGUAACCUUUUGGGUAUUCAGUGGAAUCAGCGCUAAUUACUUCGAAUUUAGAAAGUUUGAGAGGUUUUGGCUCACAAGAUGAGAUACAAUUCGAUUUGGUUUUUGUGCAAGAUUCCGAGGAGGAAGGAAACAAAACUCUUCUUCUUCUGAGUUAAAUGACGACGACGACGACAACGACGAGAGUUGCUUCCUCUUCUUCUACUCGGAAUCGAAUUCUGAAAGAUGCAAAUGGAGACAUCGGUGAGCAUCUUCGUAACCACAUCCACUUAACCAACUGUAUCCACUUGAAGAACCAUAUGCACAAACAGAGCCCGGUUUUAACCGACCGUGCCCUAAUGAGAGACCUCAUGGUUCUCCAAAGGUCACGCUCGCUUAGAGAUCCCUCUGCGAGCCCUCCUGCUUGGAACACGCCUCCUUCGAUUGUCGAUUUGCUUCCGAAGAAAGGGGAUCACGUGGAAGGAAGACGGUCUGUCGACCAAAAGAAGUCCAAGUCUAGUCGUAGGUUGUCUGGUUUGAGUGGCUCUUCACCUGUUGUGAACUUUGGGACAUCUAAAGUGACUCCUUCCGAUGAAGGGUUGGGUAAAAGCUGCGAAAUUGGAGCUAGAGAAAGUGGUAGGAGAGUGAAGAGAGAGGAAUCUAGUAGAAAGAGUUAUAGAGUCGAGGAUGAUUAUCAAAAUGUGAAAGAGGUCUCUCAUGGUGUUGCUUCGGUGAAUUCGGGAUCGAAAGCUAGUGGGAGGCUUAGUAGGAUCAAUGAUGCUAUUGCUAAGACACUGUCUGAUCAGAUAAACGAGGUUGCUGUUGGUGAUAGUGAUGAUGUGGUUUCAUCUAAUGUUCGUCCACGGGUUAGGUAUGGAGGUGGUGGUGGUAACAGGGGAUGCGGAGGUGGAAUGAGUCGGCCGAAAAGGCGGAAGUUUAGAGGGACGAGGAGAGUUCGAGGUAAGAGUAGAGAUACUGGUGGUGGUAAGAGUGAGAUGUCUGUUGCUUCUAACACACUACCUCAAGGUGAGAAGCAUGAGGGAGUCAAAGUGAAAGAGGGUUUUGGUGAACAGAACAUGACUAAGGCUUGUGGGAUUCCGUUUAACUGGUCGAGAAUCCAUCACCGAGGGAAGACUUUCCUUGAUAAGGCCGGUAGGAGUUUGUCCUGUGGUAUGUCUGAUUCCAAAGGAAGGAAAGGUGAAGCCAAUGAGAGGAAUGGUUCUGAUAUGAUGAUGAUACAAUCUGAUGAUGACGACUCGAGCUCUUUCAUCCGCUCUGAUGGCGGCGAGGCACUUCCUUUGUUAGUUGAUAGUGCAGAGAACGAAGGUUGGGUGCAUGACUACUCAGGGGAGCUAGGGAUUUUCGCAGACAAUUUGCUCAAGAACGAAGAAGAUUCUGAUCUUGCUUCAGAAGGAAGGUCAGGGGAGAAAAAACACAAGAAGAAGAGCCAUAGAAACGCUAGGCAUCGUCAUCAGCAUCAGAGUCUCACGGAGAAGUACACGCCUAAAACAUUCAGGGAUCUCGUUGGGCAGAAUCUGGUUGUACAAGCUCUUUCCAACGCAGUUGCAAGACGAAAGCUUGGACUUUUGUACGUGUUCCACGGUCCAAAUGGAACCGGGAAGACCUCUUGCGCUAGGAUAUUCGCAAGGGCUUUGAACUGUCACUCCGUGGAACAACCGAAGCCUUGUGGCACUUGCAGCUCAUGUGUUUCACAUGAAAUGGGCAAAAGCUGGAACAUUAAGGAAGUGGGUCCUGUUGGGAACUUCGACUUUGAGAACAUCAUGGACUUGCUUGAUGGUAAUGUGAUGGUUUCAUCGCAGUCUCCUCCUCGUGUUUUCAUAUUCGAUGAUUGCGAUACCUUGUCGUCUGAUUGUUGGAAUGCUCUGUCCAAAGUGGUGGACCGAGCAGCGCCUCGCCGUGUAGUCUUUAUCCUCGUGUGUUCGAGUCUCGAUGUUUUGCCUCAUGUGAUCAUCUCGAGGUGCCAGAAGUUCUUUUUCCCGAAGCUGAAAGACGCGGACAUCGUCUACUCCUUGCAAUGGAUUGCUUCGAAGGAAGAGAUUGAGAUAGAGAAAGAUGCUUUGAAGCUUAUUGCUUCGAGAUCAGACGGUUCGUUAAGAGAUGCUGAGAUGACUCUUGAACAGCUGAGUUUGUUAGGACAGAGGAUCUCUGUUCCUUUAGUUCAGGAACUGGUUGGGCUUGUUUCUGAUGAGAAGUUAGUGGAUCUUCUUGAUUUAGCUUUAUCUGCAGAUACUGUAAAUACUGUCAAGAGUCUGAGAACAAUAAUGGAAACAAGUGUAGAACCAUUGGCUUUAAUGUCUCAGCUUGCAACUGUCAUAACCGAUAUUCUCGCGGGUAGUUAUGAUUUCUCUAAAGAUCGUCACAGAAGAAAGUUUUUCCGACGGCAACCAUUAUCUAAAGAAGAUAUGGAGAAACUGAGACAGGCCCUUAAGACGUUAUCGGAGGCAGAGAAACAGCUGAGAGUAUCAAACGACAAACUGACUUGGCUCACAGCUGCGUUGCUUCAGUUGGCUCCUGAUCAGAACUAUUUGCUUCAACGUUCUUCCACUGCAGAUACUAGCUUCAACAGAAGUCCACUGCCAUUGGAGAACAAUGGAGGUAGAGAAAGCUCUGAUCACCAUCUGGAUCCUUCUAGCGACGCAGCAGGGGAAAGAAGUUCUGGAUUGGACAGAAGAAGAGGAGACGGUAGAAUAAACCGACCCGCGGUAAAAGAAAUUUGGUUAGAAGUUAUUGAGAAGCUUCGAGUCAACGGCUUGAGAGAGUUUCUUUAUAAAGAAGGAAGAAUCGUCUCUCUUAGUCUCGGUUCAGCUCCUACUGUGCAUCUAAUGUUCAGUUCACCGUUAACCAAAUCUACGGCUGAGAAGUUCCGCAGCCAUAUUAUGCAAGCAUUCGAGGCGGUUCUUGAGUCUCCGGUGACUAUAGAGAUCAGAUGCGAGACAAAGAGGGACCCAAGAAACAACGGGAACCAUCAUCAUCAUCAUCAUCACCCGCCUGCAAAAGACAAAAGCUUUCCAUCAUCUUUAGCACUCAUUGGCCAAGAUGGCAACAUCAAUGGAAGCGGGAGAAGUGAGAUAGUUGAAGUCACCGAAUCUAAUGGACAAAGACAUAAUAAGCAAGAGGAGGAGAGGACAGAGCGAGUUGGUUCAUCCGCGUUGGCCCGAGCUAGAAGGAAACAUCUUGAAGCAAGCCAGAGUCAGAACCAGAGCCAAAGCAUUGUUAGAGGUAAAGUCUCGUUGGCUCACGUGAUUCAGCAAGCUGAUGGAUGCACACUUCAAAACGGAUGGUCUAAACGCAAAGCCGUGUCUAUCGCAGAGAAGCUGGAACAAGAGAAUCUGAGGCUUGAACCAAGAUCAAGAAGCUUGUUAUGCUGGAAAUCCUCAAGAGGCACACGUCGCAAGGUAACAACAAAACCCUCUUUCAUCUUAUGUCACGAGGUUGAAGGUGAGAAGAAGAAGGGCACGACCACAUUCCUUACUGAAGCUCGUUUCCUGCGGGAAAUGUCUAUCCACGACAUCUCCAACAAGAUAAGAUAGUGUUUUUUUGUUGUUCUUUGAUCGAAUCAUAGUGUGAAAUUUUACUGUAGUCAUAAUCAAAUUUAGCUUCUUUUGCAAUUGUAAUCUUUCUGGAUUCUGUUCUUACCACACCAAAAUAAAUUUGAUUAGUUGUCAAAGUCAUUCUCUUUUUGAUCUAAAAUGAAACAAAAAAAAGCAGAGACUAGAGAGAUGGAAGCAAGUACUGUAGUAAGAUUUUCAUCCUUCAUAAAAUCUGCACCACUUGUGAGAAAGAUGACAUGUUUCCUUCUCCCUUGUGAGUUGCGAUGCGGGACAUUAAGUCAUCAAGCUCAGAUGCAAAAGCUUUCUCGAUUUCCUCACUUGCCUUCCUCGCAAGUAACUUCCUAUGCUCCGGAUAGACUGAAAGCCUUUCCUCCUCGUUAUCGCAAUUCUUCAAGCCAUCGAUGAGUGGCUUAACAUGCAAGUCAUGAUACUCCUUCCUCCACCUCAAAACGCGUUCUAUAAUCUUCUCGAAAAGCUCAGGCUGGCCUCUCACGAAACCAUCGCUUGUCAAUUCCAAUAUUCCUCCCCACUCAUUUUUAGUAAAGCCAUGUGGUGUUGCAGGCGUUCAAAAAUUAUAUAUAGCAAACAUCAAAAAUUCAGUUGCAUACUUGGCCACAAGCAUAUAAAAAGAGAAAAAAACACUUCCAUGUGAAUGUGAAGGUGACAAUCUCACUAUCAACCGACUAAUCAAUGGCAACGGCGUCUAUAUCAAUUCUAUAACUUUGUAGAAGACACUUACGUAGGUCACAAAGGUGUCGAAGUUGGGGAUUCCUAAUAUAUUAUCCAAUCCACUCUCUUUCAGUUCUCUUUCGUAUCUCCAAAGCCUUAAGACGUUCCACUCGAUCCUCCACCUCUUUGGAAAGAAGUCCUCCCUCCCUUGUCUUCCUUUCCUCGGCUAUGCGUUUCAAGAGAUCCUCCCUUUCGUUCGCCAAAAUCUUACCCAUUUUCUCCUUACACUGUCUUUCACAUCUCUCCCCAUACUCUUUGAGGACUAACUGCUUUUCCCGACUGUUCUUGCAGUUUCUAAGCAGAUCUUCUCCUCUCUUGGUAUACGCAUCAUUGUAUGCCUUCAAGCGAGCCAUGUAGCGUUCACCGAUCUGCACCAAACGUUCAGGUUCGCCUCUCACGAAAUCAUCCCUUGUAAAUUCCAACCGUGGUCCGGUCCCGAUUUUGGAAAAUUACCUUUGCCAAAUACUGAAAUCGAAAUCAGAUCUAGGGUUUUAGCAGCUUUCAGUCGCCUCUUUGUCAAAACGGAGGACACUCUUUAU